AUUCCAUCCUUGGUGGACAAUAAAGUUUUAUUAUUUUCUAUGCAGUUACCCAUGACUCGUCAGUAGGGCGUGGCUUGUAGGGUUUUGAAACCAUGGACCAAAAAAUCCCAUAUGAUGACUACCAACUCCCAGUUGUCUUUUUGCCUUCCUACGAGAGUCCCCCAGCAUGGAUAGCCCCGCAGGAGCGUAUCCACCAUCCUGACUACAACAAUGAGCUGACACAGUUCCUGCCACGCACCAUCGUGUUGAAGAAACCUCCAGGGGCACAGUUAGGCUUCAACAUCCGUGGGGGCAAGGCCUCUCAGCUGGGCAUCUUCAUCUCCAAGGUGGUCCCAGAUUCGGACGCCCACAGAGCAGAGCUCCAGGAGGGAGAUCAGGUGCUGUCUGUCAAUGAGGUGGACUUCCAGGACAUAGAGCACUCGAGGGCUGUUGAGAUUCUGAAGACUGCCAGAGAGAUUUUGAUGAGGGUGCGCUUCUUUCCCUACAACUACCAGAGACAGAAGGAAAGGACUGUGCAUUAGGUGGCAGAAGAGUUCCCCGGGAGAGAGUGUGUGAGUGUCCGUCUUGUAGGAGUUGAUGUCCUUGGUGGAUAGACCUGCACUUCACUAGUGUCCUCCUCCCACAGACUACAGCCCCCGUCCUCCGUUUCAACCUAAGGAUGGACGACCGCAUGACUAACUGGAUCCAUUCACAUUUACACCCCAGGACCACAUAAAGACAUUGCAUUCCCCCUCUGCAUACUAAACGAUGCACACUGCUUCAGAUGCUGAAAGGAUGUUGUUAUAUCAGGUGUUCACUCAUUUACAUAGUGAGUCAUGUACUGAAGACACUACAUAGAGUAAUGUAUACUAUUUACAUACCAUAAUGCUCCAGGUCCCCUGCAUAUAAAAGAAGCACUAAGCAUCAACACCAGAGAAAACAAACUACGUCAACUGCAGUGCAUGUCAAAGGGACACAUUCUUAAGGGAAGUUAUCACUGAAUAUGCCAUCGAGGGAUUAAGUGAUGACAGGAAUAAAAGCUUGCAGCCCUUUUGUUAACCAACCUGCUUUCACUCACCUCUGACCCGGAGCGUUAUGAAUACUAGGUUUUAAACUGGUUACCCAAAUUGUGUGUGUGUAGUGUGUAUAUAUAUAUAUAACUCAGCAAAAAAAGAAACGUCCCCUCACUGUCACCUGUGUUAAUUUUCUGUAAACUUAACGUGUAAAUAUUUGUAUGAACAUAACAAGAUACAUAAACUGAACAAGUUCCACAGACAUGUGACUAACAGAAAUGGAAUGUGUCCCUGAACAAAGGGGAGGGUCAAAAUGAAAAGUAACAGUCAGUAUCUGGUGUGGCCACCAGCUGCAUUAAGUACUGCAGUGCAUCUCCUCAUGGACUGCACCAGAUUUUCCCGUUCUUGCUGAGAUGUUACCCCACUCUUUCACCAAGGCACCUGCAAGUUCCCGGACAUUUCUGGGGGGAAUGGCCCUAGACCUCACCCUCUGAUCCAACAGGACACAGAUGUGCUCAAUGGGAUUGAGAUCUGGGCUCUUCGCUGGCCAUGGCAGAACACUGACAUUCCUGAGCAGUAUGGCUGGUGGCAUUGUCAUGCUGGAGGGUCAUGUCAGGAUGAGCAAUGCAGGAAGGGUACCACAUGAGGGAGGAGGAUGUCUUCCCUGUAAUGCACAGUGUUGAUAUUGCCUGCAAUGACAACAAGAUCAGUCCGAUGAUGCUGUGACACACCGCCCCAGACCAUGACGGACCCUCCACCUCCAAAUCGAUCCCGCUCCAGAGUACAGGCCUCGGUGUAACGCUCAUUCCUUCGACGAUAAACGCGAAUCCGACCAUCACCCCUGGUGAGACAAAACCGCGACUCGUCAAUGAAGAGCACUUUUUGCCAGUCCUGUCUGGUCCUGCGAUGGUGGGUUUGUGCCCAUAGGUGACGUUGUUGCCGAUUAUGUUUUGUGAGGACCUGCCUUACAACAGGCCUACAAGUCCCCAGUCCAGCCUCUUAGCCUAUUGCGGACAGGAGGGAUGGAGGGAUUCUGCGUUCCUGGUGUAACUUGAGCAGUUGUUGUUGCCAUCCUGUACCUGUCCCGCUGGUGUGAUGUUCGGAUGUACCGAUCCGGUGCAGGUGUUGUUACACGUGGUCUGUCACUGCGAGGACGAUCAGCUGUCCGUCCUGUCUCCCUGUCUUAGGCAUCUCACAGUACGGACAUUGCAAUUUAUUGCCCUGGCCACAUCUGCAGUCCUCAUGCCUCCUUGCAGCAUGCCUAAGGCACGUUCAUGCAGAUGAGCAGGGACCCUGGGCAUCUUUAUUUUGGUGUUUAUCAGAGUCAGUAGAAAGGCCUCUUUAGUGUCCUAAGUUUUCAUAAUUGAGACCUUAAUUGCCUACUGUCUGUAAGCUGUUAGUGUCUUAACGACCGUUCCACAGGUGCAUGGUCAUUAAUUGUUCAUGGUUCAUUGAACAAGAGUGGAAAAUAGUAUUUAAACCCUUUACAAUGAAGAUCUGUGAAGUUAUUUGGAUUUUUACGAUUAUCUUUGAAAGACAGGGUCCUGAAAAAGGGACGUUUCUUUUUUUGCUGAGUUUAUAGACAUACACACGCUUCGAAAAGUAUUCAGACCCCUUGACUUUUUCCACAUUUUACGUUAGCCUUAUUCUAAAAUUACAUUGUUUAAAAAAAAAUGUUGCAUUUAUAAUUUUGUUCAGUAUAUAUAUAUUUAUACACAGUUGAAUGAUAUUCCAAAAAAUGUUAUAAUGGACCGAGGACCUGAUAAUGCCUUGAUACUGUAGUAUAUAAAGUAUAUAAACUUUCAUAUUAAAGUACAUUUAAUAUGAAAUGUUUCGAUUAUCUAAGAUAACAUUUUUCUAGACUUACUAUUACACAAAAAAACUAUGUAGAACUAUUAUUAACUAACUUAAAUUAUAUUUGACAUAACGUGUCGACUAUUAAGGUGCCAACAUCCUUCAUUCAACUAUGGCAACACCAUAAUCUCAAAUAAAUUAAUACUUGCCUUGUAUGAAGCUCAAUACAUUAAACAAAAUCACAUUGUUUCCUGUGCCGUAGUUUAUGGUCCAUCACUUAUAAAAUGUCAGCACGGAAUGAGUUCCAUUUCUGUUUUAACAUGUCAAAAUAGAUUAGAUAGUGUAAAUAAAUCACUUAUCCAUUAAAUCACUCGUCCAUUAAUGACCCUAAAGAUGGAGUCAGGAUAGUAGAACCUGUUUUCACUGUGUCAACUCUAUCUUCUGUCCUGUGACCCACUUCACAGAUCAUGCUCUCGUAAAACACUAAAUUAAACACGUCUAAACUCUCAA